AAUGCAAUAUGAGUGCAGUGAGCGUGCGAAGAAGAAACAUCAUCAGCAGCAGCAGUAGCAGCGUCCAUUCCUCAAUUUCCCCAGACAACCAACUUUGCGUCAACAUCUGGCGUCAAAUAUGAGUUGCUGUUUGUAAUAAGAAACCACAAGCCGGGAGUGUGAUCGUUAUGCGACCAGGCGGCUCAGUUUAAGUUUGAAGGUCUGUUGAAUGUCCGAAGCCAUUUCACGGAUACAUCACCGACCAACCACCGAGCUGCUGUCACCGAGAAGGCCGCCUCCGCACCGGGCGGGGAUUUAACUUUCUCUCUCCCGGUCGUAUGGACGAAGCCGACGAGUAACCACCGAGCAGCCCCGGGGUAAAACUCGUCUCUGGCGGUAAGAAUGGAAUCCUCCUUGGGAAUUGGCGGUGAGGAGUGCUUGGCAACUGUAAGAGGUCUGGAAGUGAGGGCUGGCCAGAAGGAGCCCAGGCUGCUGUCACUAAUUGAACGUGGUGGAAAGUUUGUACUGGGUGUGCUGGCAACCCCUGAUGCCGUCGUGACUCGUCCGGUGGCCCAGCUCUCCAUACCCAUAAAUGGAAAGUUUGAAAUUGUAAAAGAGGGCGAGGAGGCUCUUCUCAUUGACUUCUCCCGAGUGUCCGGACUCAAGUUCCGAAUAAAAGGAGAAAAAGCCCCAGAACUUUUGUUAGAAUUCCAGGAUGAUGAGCGCACACAAACUUUCCUCACCCAGGUGAUAAGUGCUCAACAACAAGUUCUAUUGAGUCCCCGCAAACCCCGUGCAAUGGAUGCCCUGGCACAAAAGGGAGGUCGAGUCCCCGUCCCGCCUCAGAGAGGAAACAAGACUGCCAACUGUGUGGACUCUGGAGUCGACACGCCUUCUUUGACAAACGCACUACCUCCCGCCCUCAACAGUAACUCAACCAAACAUUACACUAAUGCAGCCCAGUCUUUGGCCUCAGACUUUGGCUUUGAGGACAACUUCAAUCACACUUCGAAAGCGGAAGAAAAGAAGAACCACCAGAACAGGAUAGUCGCCGCUCGAGAGCCUCCUCCUGUUCCUCCUCUUCCUCCCCGCAAAGCGUCCUUCACGCCAACUUAUCAGCUGCCUCCUGCCCCCCUCCCCAAAGAGAGAGCCAUCUUCGCUCAGGUCAAAGACAACUCCACUGGCAUCACCAGACCAGAUUUUAAGUCGAGCUUCGAUCGGACGGACAGGUCUUCGUCCUGGUGUGAGAGUUCCACCACAAACACCAUGAGGCAGGCCAUGUUCUCCACCCAGGCGGCAGAAAGAGAAUACCUCAUCAAACGCCGCCUGGGAAAGAAGGAAAACGAAUAUGUGGACAUCCAGAACUUUCGGUUUUUCAGUGGUACGUGGAAUGUGAACGGGCAGUCUCCGGACAGCAGCCUUGAAUCGUGGCUCUCUUGUGACCCAGAACCUCCCGAUAUGUAUGCCGUGGGUUUUCAAGAGUUGGACCUCAGCACUGAAGCAUUCUUCUACAUGGAUUCAUCCAAGGAACAACUGUGGGUGGAGGCAGUCGAGCGAGGCCUACACCCAAAAGCGCAGUACAAGAGGGUUCGCAUCAUUCGACUCGUCGGGAUGAUGCUGGUGGUCUAUGUCAAUAAGAUACACAAGAAACAUGUCACAGAAGUAGCUGCAGAACAUGUUGGCACUGGAAUAAUGGGCAAAAUGGGGAACAAAGGAGGUGUGGCAGUGAGGUUUGUGUUCCACAACACCAGCUUCUGCAUUGUUAACUCGCAUCUCGCGGCGCAUGUGGAGGACUUUGAGCGUCGCAACCAGGACUAUAAAGACAUUUGUGCCCGCAUGAGCUUCCACCUACUGGAUCAUCCACCUCUUAGUAUCCACAAGCACAAUGUGGUUAUCUGGUUUGGCGAUUUAAACUAUCGCCUGUGCAUGUACGAUGCAUCCAAGGUCAAGUGUCUCAUUUCCCAGAACGAGCUGAAGAAGCUUCAGGAGUUUGAUCAGCUAAACAUUCAGCGGCAGACCAAACGAGCCUUCACUGAUUUCAACGAAGGAGACAUCAACUUCAUCCCAACUUAUAAAUAUGAUUCCAAAACAGACAGAUGGGACUCAAGCGGGAAGUGCCGCGUUCCAGCAUGGUGUGACAGGAUCCUGUGGCGGGGCAACGAUGUCGAGCAGCUCGCGUAUCGCAGUCACAUGGAGCUGCAAACCAGCGACCACAAACCAGUCAGCGCUGUCUUCAAGAUCGGGGUGAAGGUGGUCAAUGAGCAGCGCCAAAAGAAAGUGUUUGAGGAGAUUGUCCGCACCAUGGACAGAAUGGAAAAUGAUUUCCUCCCAUCUGUGUCUCUGAGCAGGAGAGAGUUCACAUUUGAGAAUGUGAAGUUCCGGCAGCUCGAGAGGGAGCGUUUGCUCAUCAAGAACGACGGGCAGGUCCCAUGCCACUUCACCUUCAUCCCCAAGCCCAAUGACACGCAGUACUGCAAGUCGUGGCUGCGUGCUGAGCCCAGCGAGGGAUUCUUGGAACCGAGUGAGACACUGGAGAUCUACCUGGAGGUCUACGUGACUAAAGACUCUGUCACGCUGCUCAACUCGGGCGAGGACCGCAUGGAGGACAUCCUGGUGCUCCACCUGGACCGAGGCAAGGACUACUUCAUCACCAUCUCAGGCAAAUACCUGCCCAGCUGCUUCGGCACCUCGCUGGAGACCCUGUGCAGAAUGAAGAAGCCCAUCAGGGAGAUCCCCAUCACCAAACUCAUCGACUUGGGGGAGGACACCUUCACUGAGAAGGAAAGGUCCAAGAUGAACUUCUUGUUGAUGGACGGCGCAAGCACAGAGGACAAACCUCUAAAGAUCCCCAAGGAAGUGUGGAUUCUGGUCAAUCAUCUCUACACGAAGGCGUGUGACCAGGAGGACUUGUUCCAAACGCCGGGUUUGAAGGAGGAACUGCAGAGCAUCAUUGACAGUAUGGAUACUAGCAUUCCAGAUGCUGUCCCCGGUUGCAACCACUCCGUGGCCGAGGCACUGUUGAUCUUCUUGGAGGCCUUGCCGGAGCCGGUGGUGUGCUACGAACUCUACCAACGAUGUCUGGACUGCGCCCACGACAGCCGCCUCUGCAAACAGUUGAUCUCCCAGCUGCCCCGUGCCCACCGCAACGUGUUCCGCUACUUGAUGGGUUUCCUAAAGGAGCUGCUCAAGCACGCCAACAACAACAACCUCACAGCCAGCCUCAUUGCCACCCUCUUUGCCAGCCUCCUCAUCCGACCGCCUCCCAGUAUGGCGGGCCGACAGACGUCCCAUGACCGUCAGAAAGCGAUUGACUUUGUCUUAGGCUUCCUCAUGUCAGGUGACGAAGAGUAAUUUGCCAGCCCUCCGGACUUCCUCCACAGCUUCUCCACAGGAGCCAAAUACAAGUUGUGCAACGCAAGUGACCCUCUGUUCAUUUUUCAUCUGGUGGAAAGCAUUGACAAACACUAACGUAGAGAUCCAAGAUGCUUUUUUGGUAGACCUCCAUUGGACAGUAAACGCUUUGACCAAAUUGUCCUUCUCUCGAUUACCGUUGUGUGGAUUUACAAGCACUUUUGGCAGGUGUGAAGGAUGCUACGCACUUUUUGAUGACUUAAAGGAUGGACUUGUGCCUCGGGACCAGACAUGUCCUCGUUCAAACAGAACGGAUGCCCCCAAAAAAUGAAACGCUAUCCGUACCAAGGUUAAAACACUAUGCUUCAAUGUUGUGCUAGCACACCUCUCCCAGAAGCCGCAAAGUAAGUUGAAAUCUAAAGGUUACAGCGCUUCUUAAGUUCAUUUUGAAAUUUCACCCCAAAGCUGAGUGUUCUAAAUGUUUGUUGUGUGUAGCGUACGUAUAUUUUGACCACCAGGGCACACCAGAUAAUCCAUUUUACAGCAGCGUUAGUUGAAGGGGUCCACGUUGUCAUACCUGCUACAACCGUCUGUUGUGUUGAUUACCUGUUAUUUAAAUGUUUUCUUUUCAUCCUAGUGGGUUGAAGUUUUGAAUGGAAAUUUCCAUCAUUUUGUCAUCAAUGUUUGAUAUCAUUUUGAGAGUCUGACAUCAAGUUUGUCCUCUUCUUCUGGAGUUACAAAGCAAAUCUGGAAGUUGAUGCACGGCUUUCCCGAUCAAAGGCAACAGUGCUACCUGCUGUCCUCGAGGAUGUAAAUAGCACGUGUUUACCUUUUUGGUGUGGCAUCUGUAAUCAUUGGAUGUGAUCCACGUUUGUAUUUGCCAAACGCUUACAUUUCCUGCUCGUGAUUUGGUACUUUCGGUCUAACACUGUUAACUCCGUGAGGCAAAAGUGACGUGGUAUAUUUGAGGAUUAUUGUGUGUGCUACACCAGCGUGCUGCACUGAUCACAUCACGGGUAGUUAAAUAUUUGGGAGAUAGCAAAUGUUAAAUAUUUGAGAGAUGGCAAAUGAACGGGUGAUUCCGUUUAGUGCAUUGGAUUUGCUUUGUCCUGUGAUGGUUCAGCAUGACUGUGAGCACAUGAUGUUACUGCUGACAAUCAUGCAUGUAGGCUUGAAAUCGUUUUAUUAUUUUAUUUUGGUUGUCUGUGGAUUUUUCAGGUUCAUGCAGUUUGACCUGGGACCAACCGUCCUAGUUUGGGAGAGACAUAUUCCGUCAGCAAUCUUUUAAUGUUCUGUCAUGUGUUUUACAAAUCCAACUUUUGCAAUCUUGCCUGAAAUCAAAAUCUCUGACUCCAGUCUUGUUGUAUGCCAGUGAAUUAAGUGUAAUUAUGGGAAUUUAUUGUGCAGACACGGUGUGGUCAUCAGCUCCUUAAUGAAGGUACUCAACACUCAAAGCAACACUUUGUGUUUAUCUUUACAGCGUCUUUGGUACUAUUUUAUUUAUUUCACAAAUAAAAUCUGAUUAUGUUGACUUUCUCAAA